UCCAAAACAGUCAAAGCGAUUUAAAACCAUGCCUAAGAAGAAAACUGGUCAGAGGAAGAAGGCAGAGAAACAAAAAGAGAGACAGCGGGAGAUCAGAACUGCCUUCAAUGAACGUGCCCUUGCCGACAAACCGUGCAAUAUUAUGAUGGAAUGUGAUAGCUGUAGAAAGAUGCAAAAGAACAGAGCAUUUUGCUAUUUUUGUUCCAUGAUUCAAAGACUUCCUGUGUGUGCUCAUUGUGGCAAAAUGAAGUGCAUGAUGAAGACUGGUGAUUGUAUCAUCAAACAUCCUGGCCAGUUCACCACAGGCAUGAACAUGGUGGGAGCUAUCUGUGACUUUUGUGAAGCCUGGGUGUGCCACGGCAGGAAGUGCCUCACUGCCCAUGCCUGUACCUGUCCACUGAGGGAAGCCAACUGCCUGGAGUGUGAGAGAGGCGUGUGGGAUCAUGGGGGCAGAAUGUUUAAGUGUUCAUUUUGUGCUGGCUUUUUAUGUGAGGAUGAUCAGUUUGAGCACCAAGCCAGUUGUCAACAGUUAGAGUCUGAAAACUUUAAGUGCUUGUCCUGCAAUAAACUAGGACAGUAUUCCUGUUUGAGGUGUAAGACAUGUUACUGUGAAGAUCAUGUAAGACGUAAAGGGUUCAAGUAUCCCAAAGGCCAAGCCAUACCAUGCCCCAAGUGUGGACACAAUACGCAGGAAACCAAGGAACUCAGCAUGUCCACUCGAGGUUACAAGUAUGGUCGCCAAAACAAGGAAGAAGAUGACGAUGAUGACUAUGAUGAUUACAUGAAUGGUGCUGCAGGUGGCGGUGGUUUCUAUGGUUACGGUGGUGGCUCAAGUCAAGGAGCCGGUUUCUAUGGUUACAGUGCUGGAUAUGAUGAUGAUGGAGACUUGGAUGAUGAUGAUUCUGAAGAGGAGGAGGAGGAUGAAAGUGAUGAGAGUGAUGACAAGGAAGAUUCCAAGGAUGAAACAGAUACAGCAGCCAACAACAUGGAAAAAUUAAAUAUAUCUAAAGAUGAAAAAUAAGAUUGAAACAUUUAUUCUAAAUUAUCAGAACUUGGGGUUGAAUCCGAGAUCAUGAAGUAUAGUUCCUGUUGAUAAUAUUAACCCAGUGUAUAAUUUUGUUAUUAGGGAGAAACUUAAUAAAAUAACACAAAAUAAAACAUACUUUUCCAAAGGCUUUG